AUGUCCCAGUCAGCGUCCUUGCAGGAUUCUGCUUUACCCACCAGCCCAACAUCUGGUGGUGUGGUGGGCUAUAACCCCGCCACAGACAUUGCUGCGACAAUGGACGCUGCUCACGGUGCCGUGAUUGCCCCGGCGUCCAUUCCGGUCCGGGGUGGCACGGAUCGUCUUGUUGCUCUGGAGCUCGAGGAUGGCACCAUUUACCAGGGUUACAACUUUGGUGCGGAGAAGAGCGUGUCCGGUGAACUGGUCUUCCAGACGGGUAUGGUUGGCUAUCCCGAGUCAAUCACUGACCCCUCAUACCGGGGUCAGAUUCUGGUGAUCACCUUCCCCCUGGUGGGUAACUAUGGUGUGCCCUCGCGGGAGCAGAUCGACGAGCUGCUGCAACUGCCCACCUAUUUUGAGUCGAGUGAGAUCCACGUUGCUGCGUUGGUUGUUGCAACGUACGCCGGUGAGGACUUCUCUCACUUCCUGGCCGAGUCCUCGCUUGGCCAGUGGCUCAAGGAGCAGGGUGUGCCUGCCAUGCAUGGUGUGGACACUCGUGCUUUGACUAAGCGCAUCCGUCAAAAGGGUAGCAUGCUUGGCCGUAUGCUACUGCAGAAGGCUAGUGAGGCCAAUGGCGUCGCUGAGGGUGUCAUGGGUGAAGAUUGGAAGUCACACUUUGAGCAGAUCGAGUGGGUCGAUCCCAACAAGAAGAACCUCGUGGCUGAGGUUUCUAUCCGUGAGCCGAAGCUCUGGAGCCCUCCCGCCAGUGUUGCUCUCAAGCAUCCCUCGGGCCGACCCGUCCGCGUGCUGUGCUUGGACGUUGGUAUGAAAUAUAACCAGCUGCGCUGCCUGCUUAACCGAGGCGUCGAGGUCAUGGUGGUGCCUUGGGACUACGAUUUCCCUACAUUGGCUGGCAAGGACUACGACGGUCUCUUUGUCUCCAACGGCCCUGGUGAUCCCGCAACCCUCAACACAACCAUCAACAACUUGGCCAGGACAUUGAAGGAUGCGCGCACUCCCGUCUUCGGUAUCUGUCUGGGUCACCAGUUGAUCGCUCGCUCCGUCGGUGCUACCACAUUGAAGAUGAAGUUUGGUAACCGCGGUCACAAUAUCCCUUGCACCAGCAUGAUCUCUGGCAAGUGUCACAUUACUUCUCAAAACCAUGGUUAUGCUGUGGAUGCCUCUAGUCUUCCAGAGGGCUGGGAGGAGUUGUUCGUCAAUGCGAACGAUGCCAGUAACGAGGGUAUUCGCCACACUUCACGCCCCUUCUUCAGUGUUCAGUUCCACCCCGAGAGCACCCCCGGUCCUCGUGACACUGAAUACCUCUUCGACGUCUUUAUCAAGACCAUCAUGAAGACCAUUGACUCCCCCGAUGCUUUGUCGAAGCCGGUGGAGUUCCCUGGUGGUCUGAAGGCAGACAACAUCAAGGCUGCUCCUCGUGUCCACGUGAAGAAGGUCCUUGUGCUCGGCAGUGGUGGUCUCAGCAUUGGUCAAGCCGGAGAGUUCGACUACUCUGGCAGUCAGGCUAUCAAAGCCUUGAAGGAAGAAGGCAUCUACACAAUUCUCAUCAACCCUAACAUUGCCACCAUCCAGACCUCCAAGGGUCUUGCUGACAAGGUCUACUUCCUUCCUGUCAAUGCCGACUUCGUUCGCAAAGUCAUUAAGCACGAGCGUCCGGAUGCAAUCUAUGUUACCUUCGGUGGACAGACUGCCCUCCAGGUCGGUAUCCAGCUCAAGGAUGAGUUCGAGGGUCUUGGUGUCAAGGUGCUCGGUACCCCCAUUGACACCAUCAUUACCACUGAGGACCGUGAGCUCUUCGCUCGCAGUAUGGACUCGAUCAACGAAAAGUGUGCCAAGUCGGCCUCUGCUUCCACUCUGGAAGAGUCGCUUCGAGUCGUUGGCGACAUUGGCUUCCCCGUCAUUGUCCGUGCUGCCUACGCCCUCGGUGGUCUUGGCAGUGGUUUCGCCGAGAACAUGGAUGAAUUGAAGGAGCUUUGCACCAAGGCGCUUGCCGUUAGCCCCCAGGUCCUGAUUGAGCGGAGUAUGAAGGGAUGGAAGGAAAUUGAGUACGAAGUUGUGCGCGAUGCUCAGGACAACUGCAUCACAGUCUGCAACAUGGAGAACUUCGACCCCCUCGGUAUCCACACUGGUGACUCGAUUGUCGUCGCUCCUUCCCAAACCUUGUCCGAUGAGGACUACAACAUGCUGCGCACAACCGCUGUCAAUGUCAUUCGACACCUUGGUGUUGUCGGUGAGUGCAAUAUCCAGUAUGCCCUGAAUCCCUUCUCGAAGGAGUACUGCAUUAUCGAGGUCAAUGCCCGUCUGUCACGUUCCUCCGCCUUGGCCUCCAAGGCUACCGGUUACCCUCUCGCUUUCAUUGCGGCCAAGCUUGGUUUGGGUAUUCCUCUGAACGAGAUUAAGAAUUCCGUUACCAAGUCCACUUGCGCUUGCUUCGAACCUUCUCUCGAUUACUGCGUGGUCAAGAUUCCCCGAUGGGAUCUGAAGAAGUUCACUCGUGUCUCUACUCAGCUUGGUUCAUCGAUGAAGUCUGUCGGAGAGGUCAUGAGCAUUGGUCGAACAUUCGAAGAAGCUAUUCAAAAGGCUAUCCGGUCGGUCGAUUACAAUAACCUUGGCUUUAACGAGACGAAUGCUCUUAUGUCCCUCGAGGCCGAACUCCAGACCCCCUCUGACCAGCGCUUGUUCGCUAUCGCCAACGCUAUGGCUGCUGGCUACAGUGUUGACGAUAUCUGGAAGUUGACUAAGAUCGACAAGUGGUUCCUCACUCGUCUCAAGGGUCUGAGCAACUUCGGCAAGUCGAUGUCUACCUUCAACGCCUCAACUGUGCCCAUCGCUAUGAUCCGUCAAGCUAAGCAGCUCGGUUUCUCCGACCGACAGCUCGCGAAGUUCCUGAGCUCCAAUGAGCUUGCUGUUCGACGCAAGCGUGUCGAGGCUGGAAUUACGCCUAUCGUCAAGCAGAUAGAUACAGUUGCCGCCGAGUUCCCGGCCGUGACAAAUUACCUGUACCUCACCUACAACGCUUCUGAGCAUGACUUGACUUUCGAUGACCAUGGAAUCAUGGUCUUGGGCUCAGGUGUCUACCGCAUCGGUUCCUCUGUUGAGUUUGACUGGUGUUCCGUGCGGACCAUCCGCACACUUCGUCAGCAGGGUCACAAGACUAUCAUGGUCAACUACAAUCCGGAAACUGUCAGUACCGAUUACGAUGAAGCGGAUCGCCUUUACUUCGAAAACAUCAACCUGGAGACUGUCCUCGACAUCUAUCAGCUUGAGACGUCGAGCGGCGUGGUCAUCUCCAUGGGUGGUCAAACCCCUAACAACAUCGCACUUCCCCUGCACCGCUUGAAUGUCAAUAUCCUGGGUACUUCCCCUGAGAUGAUUGACAGCGCUGAGAACCGUUACAAGUUCUCCCGCAUGCUGGACCGCAUCGGUGUUGACCAGCCUGCUUGGAAGGAGUUGACCAGCAUUGAGGAGGCGCGUGCCUUCUGUGACAAGGUCGGCUACCCUGUGCUUGUCCGGCCCUCAUACGUGCUCUCCGGCGCGGCCAUGAACACUGUCUAUUCGGAGCAUGACCUGGCCAAUUACUUGAACCAGGCGGCAGAUGUCUCCCGCGAACAUCCAGUUGUCAUCACCAAGUACAUUGAGAAUGCCAAGGAGAUCGAAAUGGAUGCUGUUGCCCGCAACGGUGUCAUGGUGGGUCAUUUCAUCUCGGAACACGUCGAGAACGCUGGUGUUCACUCGGGUGACGCUACUUUGAUUCUGCCUCCCCAGGACUUGAGCCCUGAGACUGUCCGUCGUAUCGAGGAGGCGACUCGCAAGAUCGGCAAUGCCCUCAACGUGACCGGUCCUUACAACAUUCAAUUCAUUGCCAAGGAUAACGAUAUCAAGGUCAUUGAGUGUAAUGUCCGCGCCUCGCGAUCGUUCCCCUUCGUCUCCAAGGUCAUGGGUGUCGACUUGAUUGAGAUGGCUACCAAGGCCAUGAUCAAUAUUCCUUUCCAGGAAUAUCCUCCCAUCAAUGUUCCGAAGGACUACGUUGGUGUCAAGGUCCCACAGUUCUCAUUUUCUCGCCUGUCCGGUGCGGAUCCAGUCCUCGGUGUCGAGAUGGCUUCCACUGGUGAAGUUGCUUCUUUUGGUCGCGACAAGUACGAAGCCUACCUCAAGGCGCUCCUGUCUACUGGCUUCAAAUUGCCCAAGCGCAACAUCCUUUUCUCUAUUGGUGGAUACAAGGAGAAGUUGGAAAUGUUGCCUUCCAUCCAGAAGUUGCACCAGCUUGACUACAACUUGUUCGCCACUGCCGGUACGGCUGACUUCUUGAAGGAGCACGGAGUCCCUGUGAAGUACCUCGAGAUCUUGCCGGGCGAGGAGGACGACAUCAAGUCUGAAUACUCCUUGACUCAGCAUUUGUCCAACAACCUGAUCGAUCUGUACAUCAACUUGCCUUCCAGCAACCGAUUCCGCCGCCCAGCAAACUACAUGUCCAAGGGUUACCGUACUCGUCGUAUGGCAGUGGAUUACCAGACACCCUUGGUGACCAACGUCAAGAAUGCCAAGAUUCUGAUUGAGGCUAUCGCUCGCCACUACCCGCUGAACAUUCAGACCAGUGACUUCCAGACAAGCCACCGCACUGUUGUUCUGCCCGGUCUGAUCAACAUUGCUGCCUUUGUGCCUGAUCUCACCACUCUUGGCUCCAAGGACUUUGAAAAGGUCACCAAGGCCUCUGUCGCCGCUGGUUUCAGCAUGGUUCGGGUGAUGCCCGUUGGUGUUGAUGCCUCAAUCACCGAGGCCAGCGACUUGAAGAUUGUGCAACAGAACGCUCAGGAUCACUCAUACUGUGAUUUCAACCUGUCCGUGGCUGCUACUGCCGAUAACUCCGACCAGAUUAUCCAGGUGACCGGGGAGGUGGGCUCCCUGUUCAUCCCCUUCAACCACCUGUCUGGCAAUAUCAACAAGGUUGCCACCGUGACCAAGCAUUUCGGUGUCUGGCCCUCGAGCAAGCCCCUGAUCACCGACGCAAAGGGUACUGAUUUGGCGUCGAUCCUUCUGUUGGCUAGCCUUCACAGCCGCAAUAUUCACGUCAUGAGUGUCACGUCCAAGGAGGAUAUCAACCUGAUCGCCCUCAGCAAGGAGAAGGGCCUUAUGGUGACUUGCGAUGUCUCCAUCUUCUCUCUCUUCCUGUCUCAAGACGAUUUCCCUGCUUGCAACGCUCUGCCAUCCGCCGAGGACCAGAAGGCCUUGUGGAGUCACUUGAGCACGAUUGAUGUCUUCUCCAUCGGCAGUAUCCCCUACCAGCUUGCCGACAAGGAGGCUUCGCCUGAAGUUGGCAUCGCUGAGUCGCUUCCCCUCCUCUUCAGCGCCGUUGCUGACGGCCGUUUGACGGUUGAGGAUGUCACUGCUCGUCUUCACGACAACCCCAAGAAGAUCUUUGAGCUUCAUGAUCAGGCGGACUCUUCUCUUGAGAUUGAGAUUGAUCGUCCUUACGUCUUCCAGAGUCCUAACGGCACCUGGUCUCCCUUCAACGGCAAAAUGAUGCGUGGCUCUGUUCAGCGUGUUGUUUUCCAGGGCAAGACCUCGUGCCUCGACGGUACUCUCACCAAGGACGCGGUCAAGGGUGCCGACAUGUCUACCCACCGCAUUAUUCCCUCCUCGCCUGUGCACAAGCCCACCACUCCUAUGGUGCGUCCGGAGAGUGGCUUAGAUCGCCAUACUACCCCCAACCGCCACGCUCGUGCGCGCGCCUUGGAUGCGGCCGUUCCUGCAGUCGGCGAGCUCGGACCGCCUCUCUACGCUGCACCCUCGCAGGUGUCUUCCGCGCUGUCGGAGAUGCUCGCGCGGUCUCAGUUCCGCGGUAAGCACGUCUUGUCUGUGAACCAGUUCACUCGCUCCGACCUGCAUCUGCUGUUCACCGUUGCCCAAGAGAUGCGCUUGGGAGUGCAGCGCCAUGGCGUUCUUGACAUCCUCAGGGGUCGUGUUCUCGCCACUCUCUUCUACGAGCCCUCCACUCGCACUUCUGCGUCCUUUGAUGCCGCUAUGCAGCGUCUGGGUGGUCGAACCAUCCCAAUUGCGACUGAGCAUUCAUCCACCCAGAAGGGUGAGACUCUUCAAGACACUCUCCGAACCCUUGGUUGCUACGCCGAUGCUGUUGUCCUCCGCCAUCCCGAGCCCACCAGCACCAACGUUGCAGCCAAGUUCUCUCAGGUGCCUGUCAUCAAUGGAGGUAACGGUUCUCUCGAACACCCUACCCAGGCUUUCUUGGAUCUGUUCACCAUUCGUGAAGAGCUUGGAACUGUUACUGGGUUGACCAUUACCUUCACUGGUGAUCUCAAGUACGGUCGUCCUGUGCACUCCUUGAUCAAGCUGCUCCAGUUCUACGAUGUUCGCAUUCAGCUUGUUUCACCCAAGGAGUUGGCGCUGCCUGAGGAGAUUCGCCAGCAGAUCGUGGCCUCUGGUCAGCUGGUUGGCGAAUUCGAGGAGUUGACUCCCGAGGUCGUCGCCCGCUCUGACGUCCUGUACUCUACUCGGGUGCAGAAAGAACGCUUCGCGGAUCUUGCGCAGUACGACCGCCUGAAGAACAGCUUCAUCAUUGACAAUGCUCUGCUGAAGCAUGCCAAGAGCCACAUGGUCGUCCUGCACCCCUUGCCUCGCAACGCCGAGAUUGCCGAGGAGGUUGAUUUCGAUCAGCGGGCCGCCUACUUCCGCCAGAUGCGUUAUGGCUUGUACUGCCGAAUGGCGCUGCUCGCCCUGGUCCUGGCUCAGUAA